UCUAAUUAAACCUGAAUGAGCACUUAUCACUCAACGACCCUUCCGGUGGUGUGACACUGUGACAGCAAGAGCCUAGUUAAGACACAGCCAACAUUUGUACCCCUUUUGCUCUCUCUCUCUCUCUCUCUCUCUCUUGCUAGUCUCUGCUCACUUUUCUUCUUCCAUUUUCUGCUGAUUUUUACACAGAAAAGGAAAAAAAAGAUGGCAAGUGGGGGUGGGUAUGGUGAUGCAAGUCAGAAAAUAGACUAUGUUUUUAAGGUUGUUUUGAUAGGUGAUUCAGCUGUGGGAAAAUCUCAAAUACUAGCUCGUUUUGCAAGAAAUGAGUUUAGUCUUGAUUCUAAAGCUACUAUUGGUGUUGAAUUCCAGACAAGAACACUUGUUAUUCAACGUAAAUCUGUUAAAGCUCAGAUCUGGGAUACUGCUGGCCAAGAAAGAUAUAGAGCUGUCACAAGCGCGUACUACAGGGGAGCUGUUGGAGCUCUGUUGGUUUACGACAUAACAAAACGCCAAACCUUUGAUCACAUCCCACGCUGGCUUGAAGAAUUACGUGCACAUGCUGACAAGAACAUCGUGAUUAUGCUGAUCGGAAACAAAACUGAUCUUGAAGAUCAACGAGCUGUUCCCACCGAGGAUGCUAAAGAAUUUGCACAAAAAGAAGGAUUGUUCUUCUUAGAGACAUCUGCAAUGGAGGCCACAAACGUCGAGGAUGCCUUCUUAACCGUUUUGACAGAGAUCUUCAACAUUGUGAACAAGAAGAAUCUCGCCGCGGGUGAUGAUCAAGCAAAUGGUAAUCCUGCUUCAUUAACUGGAAAGAAAAUUCUUGUACCUGGUCCUGCACAAGUUAUCCCAGAAAAGAAGGCAUGCUGUAGUUCUUAAGAUAUUGGAAUUUUUCUUAGUAGCCAGAAAAAAGAAGAGGAUUUUGAGAUAUUGGGAUUUGGAGUUUCUUUUUCAUUCUUUGGGUGUUGUUAGAUUUCAAAAUUCAUCUCAUAGUGAUUCUUGAAAGUCUUUUUGUUUAUAUAUGUAUGAUGUUAUUUUUGUACUGUUUUAAUGAAAAGGAAAUAGUUAUAUGGUUUGCACUAAAGACAGUUGCAGCUGAAUUCAUAAA